GGGUGGUGGCCAAGGCUGAGAUCUCUCUUUCUUUCCAACACAAUUUGUAUGUUGUACAUUGCUGAUUUUACCACUCGAACUUCUCAAUAGAUGUUAAGUUAUUAGAAACGCUUGCCAAUUUGAUGCUGAAAGAUCAUUCACAUAGUAUUUGUUGCUUACUAAAAAAACUUGAUGGAAGUAAAAUAAUUUAAUAUUUCAGAUUGUACGUACAAAGGCUCGUCUUUUUUUUUUUUAAUAUAUUUAGGUCAAUUAAGACUAACGCAUAAAUACAUCACAUAUACAAGAUUCGAAUUCAAAAUCUUUUAAUUCACAUAUGAGUUCAUCGGAAGAAGACCUUGUGCUGUCCCAAAAAUGUCAAAUAAGAGCUAUUAAUUCUAUUAAUUGAGUGUUAUAUGAUGUAAAUGAUAAAAUUUAAAUGUUAAGCAUAUAAAUCUUAAUACUUGGAAUGGUGUAUAUGUAAAUCUCCAAAUUAAUUAAUAAACUUUAAAAUUGUAUUUAAUUAAAUAAAUAAGUACAUAUAUUUUUAAUUAUUAUUUGUUGUAGAUCGUUAUAUAAAAUUAUAAAGGAUAAAUCAACAGUCAUCCGCUUUCUUGCUAAAAGCCCAAAUUAAUAAGCCCUCGGGGUUGCCGGAGGUCUCGCAUGCUUCUUUUGUAAACCCUCUUAGGAGUUAUCCAGAGCUCUUCAAGAAAUCAUCUCCAGGAUCAUCGGCGAUGCUGACGAGGGGAUUUGAGCUUUGAGAAGCAGUUCGUUGCUCAAGCCCUAGAUUUCGAUACCUUGCACUCGAACGUUCUCGUUGUUCGCUACUCACCAGAGGCUGUCUUUCAUCUUCUCUUUUCAUCGUUGCUGUUCGGCUUCGUUGCUUCGCAGAAGGUGUAGAGAUUGCACGCGUCGCUUCUUCGGCUCUUUCGUGGCUGUUCGACUCCGCUUCUUCGACGACUUUACCUUCCUGUCGAAACGGAAGUUACGACAUUUUGAUCGGAAGUAGCAACAGGAGCUCGCUGGCUGUGAAGUCAUAGAAAUGUCUGCCAAGGUAAGAAAAGUUACUGGGCGAGAAGAAAUGGCAACAAAUUAUGCCUUUGCCCCCCAGGAAGAUGAUGCAAUAAUCAAGCACAGGCUUCUCACACGCACUACAACCACAAGGGGUGAACCACCCUUAAAGAAACUCAAUAAGAAGUUCAUUACACUUGUAUUUGAAGUUGAGAAGGAUCUAGAUAACUACAAUGAGUGUGAGAAGUUGUACAAAAACUUCUUACAAGAGAUGGCCACCUUUGAGUUGCCACUCAUCAAAAGCAAGGCAGUGGUUGAUGCAAACAUCCGAGAGAAGGAGAGUUUCAAUGAGCUGCAGGAAGAAAUCCAUGGCCAAAUUUUGCAAGCCCAGGCUGAUAUAGAAGAUCUGAAGACGCAGCUUGAGGAGAGCAAGAUUGAGAGGCAGCACAAAGAGGAAUGUGAAGCGAUCAGGAAAUUGAUCGCAUUGCAGCCACCAAGGUAUGAAACCCAGCAGACCAUUUCAAACCUUGAGAAAGAAAUUGCAGCAUUGGAGGCUGAGAAUGCUGCAGGUGUGAGAUUGCUUGAUCUCAGGAAGAAACAGUUCUCUCUUCUGCUACAUGUGGUGGAUGAACUGCAGAACACUGUAGAGGACGAGCAAAAGAGCUUAAUGGAUGAGCUGAGGACUAUGGUGGAAGAGCAAAAGAACAGCAUUGAGGAGGCCAAUGGACGCGGGUCCGAAGCUAUGUUUGUAGAUUGAGGGCCUUCAGGUUUGUUGCAAGAUCCAGUAGGUCGAAGCUUCCAUGACAAUUUUUUUUUGUGCUAGUCAUUUAAAAGUUCAGUUUUCUGAUGUUGCAGAAAUCUAUGUUGUAUGCCUACAUACAAUUUCGAUUCCACCACAGUUAUUAUAUGUAAAAAGCGAGGUGGAUCCCAUGAUUUGAUUAAUUCAAGCCCUAUUACUUCAUGGCUAAAACUGUUAUUAUUAUUAUUUUGACAGAUAAAGCAUCAGUAUUGGAAAUUAUUUUGUGAGCGAGAUUAUUUUUUGCUGAA